AUGGAACAUUUCCCCUCCUCGCAUAUGGUGAAAAUAACCGAGUCUGAUAUUAAGCGAAUACGCUCCCUCCUACAAUCAUUUUUUAUUGUAGAUGAAAUGUCAGAGGUUUUGAAACCAUUCCUGUGUGAUUCAAUUGACAAGUCGCUGCUACGCAACGAGUGGGAAAAAUGGUUAAGAUCAUUCACCCUGUACCUUGCUGCAGAAGAUAUUAUUGAUGAUGGCAAAAAGAGAAAUAAGCUUCUGCUCUUGGUGGGACCCCAGUUACAAGAAGUAGUUUUUAAUAUUCCUGGAGCUUUAGUGGAAAGAGAUGAAAAAGGAGAGAUCAAAACAUACGACGUGUUGGUUGAGAAGCUAAAUGAAUAUUUCUCCCCAAAACGCAAUUCGACGUUUGAGCGUCAUUUGUUCCGCAACCUAACACCAAUAGAGGGAGAAAAUUUUAACAAGUUUUUGAUGCGGUUGCGACAACAGGUGGUAAAAUGUUCGUUUGGGAGCACCAAAAAAGAAAUUGAAGAGAGUUCCAUAAAGGAUAAGUUAAUCGAUUCAUGGGCCCCAAUAGACUUAAAAAAGAGGUUGUUGGAGACAGAACACAAUCUCUCGGAAGUAAUAGAAUCUUGCCAAGUGUACGAGCAAAUAAACAAAAGCUGUCAUAGCUUCCUGUGCCAUGUUGAAGAGGAUGCAGUAAACAAGAUCAACACAAAAGAGUAUACACAAUUAAAUACAUCAAUUGAGUGCGACCGGUGUGGAAGAAAAGGACAUCAAUCAAAUUCUCUUGAGUGCCCAGCUAAGAAGGCUAAAUGUAAUAAAUGCUCAUUGUUGGGUCAUUUCGCUAUAAAAUGCAAAACAAAGAAACGAAGAUUUGAUAACAACUACAACGAGCCUUACAAAGGAGCCGUACAAGUUCAAAUGUAA